AGCUUUGCUUUCCACACCGUCAGGAGUUGAGAGCGGUGAUGCUGCGCGAUUAUAGGUCUUGGAGAAGAGAGGAGGGGAGAUGAGAGGGCAGGAGGGCGGGUGGAAACGCGCAGAAGAGCUGGGAAGACGCUCCAAGACCCAGCUCUGCUCGGACAUUAAUCCAGCUUUGAUUUAUUUUGGUUUCAAGAUCAUCUCGAGGUGUCUGUGAGCCGCUGGUAUCAUGAAUGAAGAAAAUGAGAGCGUUUCUUUGAACAGGUCUCUGAUGGAGAUGGACCUGUUCAGCAACCUGGAGGACAUCGACGUGACAGCUGAUGGAAGCCCGAUCCUCAGGUUCCUCAUCUGCCUCGUCUACUCUGUGGUUUGUGCGGCUGGUCUGGUUGGCAACCUGCUGGUCCUCUUCUUCAUCAGGGUCAAAAAGGAGAGAAGAAAGUCCAGAGUGAACUUCUUCGUGCUGAAUCUGGCGGUGACGGACCUGCAGUUCGUCCUCACGCUGCCCUUCUGGGCCGUGGACACCGCGCUGGACUUCAGCUGGCCGUUUGGAGACGCCAUGUGCAAAAUCAUCCUGUCGGUCACCGUCAUGAACAUGUACGCCAGCGUGUUUUUCCUCACUGCAAUGAGUGUGACCCGCUACUGGUCCGUCGCCUCCUCGCUGAAGAACAGAACUGUGCGCAAGUCCUGUUCCGCCAAAUGGAUGUGCGCAAUAAUUUGGACACUGGCGACUCUGGCGACGACGCCGACGUCGAUUUUCUCAACUGUGAGCAACGUAACAGGAGAAAAACUCUGCCUGCUGAGGUUUCCAGGUGGACAGUAUUGGCUGGCAGUUUAUCACAUCCAGAAAAUAAUUGUGGGUUUCGUUUUGCCAAUGUCCAUAGUGUCCAUCAGCUACAUGAUGCUUUUGCGCAUCAUCCGCAAUCGAAGUAUGAAAACGAGCAACCCCAAACGGAGAUCCCAGGUCACUAAAUCUAUCACCAUCGUCGUGUUGUCCUUCUUCAUGUGCUGGAUGCCAAACCACGCCAUCACCCUGUGGAGCGUACUGGUCAAACUGAAUGCUGCAAACUGGGACCAGGCGUACUACGUCGUGCACACAUACGUGUUCCCGCUGACCGUGUGUCUGGCGCACACCAACAGCUGCCUGAACCCCAUCAUCUACUGCCUCAUGAGGAAGGAGUUCAGGAACAAACUCACAAGUCUGGUCCACAGAGGAUGAUGUUCUGGAGCUUAGUGAAGGAGGUGACAAACUGUAACCUGAGAGAGGAAAGGCUUCAGAAAGAUGAGCAACAUGAUGUCAAGACUCUGCUCCUGAAAAAUGCUCUUUUCCAUCUUUCAUCAGCGCUUCUUGUCUUUACAGAGUGUCGUACUGUGGCUGGUUUCUGUGGUGAACGCGUGUUUCGGUGCCAAACGCACAGAUGUUCCUUAUUUUGUGUAAACCUGUCACACGUAUGAGCACUGUUGCCUUGCUUGUUAUGUAACCGUUCUGUGUGUGAGGCAUCUCCAGUUCACAGUCCGUGCGUAAUUGCGCAUGACAAUCGUUGCGCUCACGUUAUUACUGAACAGGUGACAAGUGGCUAAAAGCUUUCUCUGUGCACACGUGAAUGUCUGAGCAAAUAAUGUAACCAGGUGAGUUUAUGAGAAAAUCAGCACCUGUUGGAGCAAAAAGGGAGGAAACGCUGUAGGUGGUGUUGUUAAGACGUGAAUAAGUUUUUCAUUCUGGGCUUAAAGAUGACAGUUUGGAGACAGAACAUAAUGUAUGAAGUGUGAUUGUUGUAAAUGUGCAAAAAAAGUAAAGAAAAACAGUGUUUAUGUGUGAAAAUAAAUGUACUCAAAUUGUCUCAUGGAUCAGGUGUCGUCACAAGUAAGAACUGAUUGUGUAAAGAUCAAUGCAUUUUCUGUUAUCAUUUUGUGAAGGAAGUCUAUGAGCAAAAUAAACGGUCAAAGCUAUGGAUGAGCUUCUCCACCUGCAAAACUACACUGUACUAAUAGCAGUCUCAAAAACACAGAUUCAUACUUCUUGGGUUUCAUGUAGAAUAAAUCUAAAGAACCAA